AUGCGGUCUUCCACGUUUGUCGCGGCCCUCGCGCUGCUCCAGGGCAGCGCGUCCGCCAUGAACCUCGCCAAAAUGCGCAAAUACCUCGACAUGGCGGAAAUGGGCCUCAACCCCGACGGCAGCCCCAUGACCGACAUCGCCUCGCCAGAGAUCAUGACCUCCCUCAUGGCGACGACGUCAUCCGAGCCUCCUCCACCGCCGCCAAACGACACCAUUGAGGCGGAAUACGUCGAGCUGCCCAUCGACAAUUUCGCCAGGAACAUGGACUACAGCUACCAGGGGACCUUUUACAAUCGGUUCUGGGUCAGAGAGGCGGCGUAUAAGCCGGGCGGACCGGUGUUUAUUUAUGAUGUGGGCGAGGCGAAUGCGGAGCCGAAUGCGCUGUUUCGGCUGCAGAAUGAUACGAGCUUCUUUAAGCAGCUUGUGGAUAUGUUUGGGGGGAUUGGAAUUGUUUGGGAGCAUCGAUACUAUGGCAAUUCGACUCCCGGCCCUAUCGACCUGAACACUCCGCCCGAUGUGUUCAAGUUCCUCACCACGGAGCAGUCGCUCGCGGACGUCGACCGCUUCGCAAAGCAGUUCAGCAGGCCGAGCAUCAACUAUACGCUCACGCCGGACGUCACACCCUGGGUCUUCGUCGGCGGCUCAUACCCUGCCAUGCGCGCAGCCUUCAUGCGGGACAAGUACCCAGACACCAUCUUCGCCAGCUACGCUUCUUCGGCGCCUACGGAAGCCCGCGUCGACAUGUCGGUUUACUUCGAGCCGGUCUACCGCGGCUUGAACACAUACGGCUUCGGAAACUGCACCAAGGACAUCCACGCCGCGAUUCAGUACAUGGAUAAAGUGAUGGAGAACCCUAAGAAAUCCGCCGCCCUCAAGGAGCAAUUCCUCGGCCUGGGCGCCGGCAACAACACAAACCCGACCUUCGCCGAUGCGCUCACAACGCCCUUCUACCAGUGGCAGAGCUACGGCGUCGAAGGCGGAACCUUCGGCCUGCGCGCCUUUUGCGAUUGGAUCGAGACGGAUCCCAAGACGAACAAGACGGCUCCAGCGGAGGGCUGGGCGAAGAGCAAAGGCGCAAGCUUCACGGUGGAUCGGUGGGCGAGCUACCAGUACUUUGUCGAUAUGGUGAAUACGUAUAUGACGACGGAUUGCAGCGGGAAGGUGAAUGUGACGGGGGAUUGCAAUCUGAAUCUCAGGUUCACGGAUCCCGCGAGUAUUUCGUGGACCUGGCAGUACUGCACGCAGUGGGGAUACUUUCAAUCCGCCAAUCUCGGCCCCACCCAACUCGUCUCAAAAUACAACUCCCUCGCCCACCAACGCGACAUCUGCCACCGCCAAUUCCCCACUGCGCCCAAGUCCCUCCUCCCCGACUGGCCCAACACCGCCGCCACCAACCGCGUCUUCGGCGGCUGGGACCUUCGGCCCAGCCAGGUCUACUGGUCCGGCGGCGAAUUCGACCCCUGGCGCACGCUCUCGCCGCUCUCCAGCGAACCGGAGGCCCCGCAGCCCGACGCGUUCCAGAAACCGCCGCAGUGUGGCCAGGGGCAGGACGUGGAUGAUAUCUUUGGGUAUGUCAUCAAGGGCGCGCAGCAUUGCUACGAUUUCAGGACCACGUUUGAGGGCGGUGCGGUGAGUAGGAAGUACUUUUCGGAUGCGUUGACGAAGUGGCUGGGGUGCUUUAAGCCGAAGGGCGGAAAGGGGAAGCCGUGGAGGAAUCCGUGGAAGGGGGGGAAGGGGUAUCAUUGGAGGGUGUAG